AUGAUCGCACUACAAUAUGCCAGUUUUGUGGUCCUAGCCUUUGUUGCCGACGUCCUUGGACGAGACUCGUCCUCCCACUGGCUUCUUUCCCAAGGAAUUGAAGCCUUGGGAGGUAGCCGUAACCUCGAGGCCGUCCUCGGUGUUACCUACUCAGGUGACGGACACUUUCGCUCCAGGUCCAUGUCCCAGACGUUUGGUCUGAACGGACUCGACAGAAUAUUGGCUGGUGCCGGUCGUCAGAACGUUUCCUUCUCGUUCCACGGAGGCGUUGUAAAGCAGCGCAUCGACAGUUUUCACGACCUAUCAGCCAACUUCCUAUGGGCCCGUCCUAAUCUUGAGCCAGUCAACUUCUCCCUCGUUGUCCAGGAUGGAGGCGACGGUUUCGCUGCUACUGUGGAAGGAAGCGACUUGCUCUUGGCCCCAAGUGCACCACCUCCGGGGUAUAAAGAUGGACUUCUGGCAGCCUUCCUAAUACAAGAGGCCGUCAAAAUGUCUCCCAUGCUUCUCAGGGUUAUCUCGUGGAAUAAUUACCACACUAUUCGUAUGGAAGAAACCACCGAUGGUAAAAAGCACCGGGCCAUUUACGACAAGACCCUCGACAUCUCGGUUCUCUUGGAGGAAGACACCAAACUCCCAUAUCUCAUCCGUUCGUAUGAAAACCACAGCUUCUUUGGCCCCUCUACCAACGACCUGUUUCUCAAUGACUACGUGACCGUGAAAGGGGUCAAGUUCCCCCGUCGCUUCCAAACGAUUUAUAAUCGCAAACAUCUGUUGACAGAGUACUCCGUUGCCAAGGUCCUUGUCAACCCCGGAAUACCAUCAACACGUUUCGAUGGCCCUCCUGGCCGUUUUCUGGAAGCUCACGUGCCCAGGCGAGACAGACUCUACGGCUUUGCAGAGAUUGGCGAGAAUAAUGCUUACUAUAGAUGGGCUGGCCAGUACACUGGCACUUUCGCUAACCUCAACGCGUCCCAACCUUGGAAGGAUCUCCCAGGUGUCUGGCUCCUCACAGUGACCGAUGCUCCCAGUUACCGCCAGCUCAUUCUUGAACUCGGUAACAACGUCGUUGUGCUAGACGCUCCACCACACCAGAGCCUGCUUGUCUUGCGGUGGGUUAGAGAAAUGCUGAACAAGACCGUGACGCAUGUUUGGCCAACUCAUCACCAUCAUGACCAUGCAUAUGGCACUGCCGACUACGUGGCUGCCGGGGCAAGUGUUAUUGCCCUUGACAAGGCGGUGGACUACUACUCAACCAUCCCCAAAGACAGAUUCAUUAUAUAUUCGACCAAUCGCCCAUAUACUCUCGGCGACGAUACUAUCCAGGCUACCCUCGUACACAUGGGAGACUCUGUACACGCAGCCGACCAUAGCUACGCGCACAUUUCCCCACGGUGCGCCACCACCAAUAGCACGACAUUGAUUUUCGAUGCAGACAACGUAAACACGGCCAAUAUAACGACUUCCGAGCAGGGCGCCCUGUUGGCAGCGCUGGACAAGUUCGCAGCCGACAAGGUAGCUCCGAGCGCAACAUUCGUAGCGGUGCACGGAAACUGGAUUCCGUUUGCGCAGGUCAUCAACGUAACUGGAUAUCGCUACCCUGGCACCAGAGCGCAAGAUUUCAAGUACCUCCGCCCCAAAUGCCUCGAUCCUAUACCCUGA